AUGCCCCGCUCAUCACUCCACGCAAACGGUGCCCUCGGGUACAUCUUCCUCGCCUGCCGCGGUCUUCAAACCGCCUCCCUCAUCACCAUCCUCGGCCUGAGCGCGCACCUGAUCGCCUCCAUGGCCGACGCCAUGCAGCAGCCCUCCACCCCACUCAUCGGCACGCUCUGCAUCUCCAUCUUCUCCCUCCUCUACACCAUCAUCACGCUCGCCCUCUACUACGACAACCAGCUGCCCGCGCACUACGCCGCCGCCACCGACGCCGUCUUCUUCCUCGCCCUGCUCGUCAUGACUAUCGUCAUCGGAAAGCCCCUCGCAUACCUGUCGUGCCGCGCCGUCGGCAUCUUCACCGAGAACAAUGCCGGCGCGUAUGUCAGCGUAAAUGUGGGCUUCCAUGCGAAGAGGGGCGACCUCUAUCUGUUGCCCAUGGAGUAUGCGCAGUGGGUCGUGAGCAGUGUGGGUGUGUGCGAGAUGAUGAAGGGUGUCUGGGCGGUCGGCAUUGUGGCGACGGUCUUGAUGGUGGCGUCGGCGGUCUGUUUGGGCUUUUUGUGGAAGAAGGGGGGUGCGAGGGUUGGGAAGAAGUGGGCCGGUGUGGUUUAG